AUGAUGAAAAUUGUGGUUCUAUUAGCAGUAAUAUUAGCAAUUAAUUGGAAUUUUGUUUUUGGAGAAGAAUUGGCUCCAUAUCUAAAGGUAUGUUCCAGAAACGACAAAGAUUUAGCCCAAUGCAUAAAACGAGCAAUUGAUGGGUUGAAGCCUAUUUUUGUAAAUGGAGAUCCUUCAAGGGAUGUCCCAUCCUUAGAACCUCUGGAUGUAGGAGAUUUGCUGAUUGGAAAUUUUGCAGGAGGUGCUGCUGUUGGUAUAAAAGUAUCUGCCACAAAUAUUUUGGCACGAGGUGCUUCUAACUUUGAUAUAACAAAAAUAAGUGCCGAUUUCGAAACAUUGACCUUCAAUUUUGAGGUAUUUUUACCACAUAUAGAAGCCAAAGGUAACUACAACAUCGAUGGCAACAUUUUGCUCUUACCUAUUCGAGGAAAUGGACCAUUUACCGCAAAUUUCACAAAUUCUACUGGAAAAGCUUUGUUAACUGGUAAAACAUUUGUACGGGAUGGUAAAAAUAUACUAAAUGCUGAUAAAAUGAACAUCAAAAUUAAAUUGGGAAAAGGUAAUAUAGAUCUCAGGAAUCUUUUUGGUGGCGACAAGACUUUAGGUAACAUCAUCAACCAAACCAUAAACUCCAAUAUUGAAAUUUUGAGUACAGAAAUUGUACCACUUAUUGAAAAAGCUUUAUCCAAAUUGUUCAUCAGAAUUGCGAACCAAAUUAUAGACAGAUAUACAUUUGAACAGUUGUAUCCUGAAUAA